CACAGGGGAGGAUAAACAGGUCUUUAUUUGAUUCCUUGCUCAUGCCCGCAGUUCAGAUUCUCCAUGACUGCAGUAACAGCUUCAGUGUUGUAACCAUGCUAACAGUGCCACAGGCUAUACAAGCCCGAGGAUUGUACGACUUCAACGGGGAUCUUGAUAAUGGGGAGCUGACGUUCAGCACGGGGGAGACACUAACCAUCGUAACACAGGACAUUGGAGAGGGAUGGUGGGAGGCCAGGAAUGAAGCCGGCCAACAAGGGUUGAUACCCGAGUCCUAUGUACAGCUACUAGAACCACCUGAACCAUCUUUCCCUCCACCCCCACCCCCAUCAGCACCGGUCAGUGACUGGAACACGCCACAAACUGAGAGUGGGGACUGGAACAAUGAUGCAUGGAAUAGCCACGGUACCGACAGCUGGGACCAGGAGCCACCUCAUGCCCCUGACUAUGCCAACCACAACAGUGCGGGUGGCGUCAACAACCAGGGGUUCCGAGGGGGAGGGGUGCAGCAGCAGGCCAGCGAGGAGGGGUGGGAUGAUGACUGGGACGAUGAAAAUGAGGACAACUCCUCCAACAGUACCACCAACACCAGCCAGGAUUUUCUAGAGGACCAGCUGCCUGGGUCAGGAAACUUUGGAUUAUCUGCCCCAAAGCGAGAAAAAAAACAGAUGACUCAAAAUUCAGAUUUUUCCAAAUAUGGCACAGUGAAGAAAAGUUUCAACAGAUUCUCUACCUUUGCCAAAACUGGAGGGGAUGCCUUUUUGAUGGGAACAGUGUCAGCAAAUGUAUCCGAGAGUGACCUCAUUAAGAUUAUAGACACACAGGACGGUCCUGCCUGGAACUACCCCUCCCAGCCUUACACCUGCUCUAUCAAGUCACCCAAAAAGGAGAGCAAGUUAAAGGGACUCAAGAGUUAUAUCGCCUAUCAACUCACACCUUCUUUUAGCAACAUUCAAGUCAGUCGGAGAUACAAACACUUUGAUUGGUUACACGAGCGCCUAGAAGCCAAAUUUACUUGUAUUCCCAUUCCUCCAUUACCCGAUAAAGCUCUUUCAGCAAAACAUUCAUCAAAAGGUCGCUACGAGGACGACUUUGUGUCAGAGCGCAUGCGACAGCUGCAGCUGUGGGUGGACAGGAUGGUACGUCACCCCGUCAUCUCCCAGUCAGAGGUCUUCAACCACUUCCUCACCUGUACAGACGAAAAGAAAUGGAAGGCUGGCAAAAGGAAAGCAGAGAAGGAUGAAUACCAGGGCGGCAAGUUUUUCCUGACCCUGCAGACCCCUCCCACCUCCCUGGACAUGAGGGACGUGGAAAAGAGGAUGGAAAUAUUCUGCAGAUUUGUGAAAAACAUGGACGACAAUAUGCGUAACAUGCUGCAAAUAGGACAUGACAGUCGGAAAAAACACACGGGUCCUUACAAAAGAGAAUUUCAAAAGAUUGGAGGGUCCUUUAAACAGUUAGCAGAAACAUUUAACUUGGACUCUGCGGCACAUUCACAAAAUUUAACGGCUGCAAUUGAUUAUACUGGUGAUACCUACAAUGAAAUCGGAGACAUGUAUGAAAAACAGCCACGGGAAGACUUGGACCACAUGCUUGAGGUUCUGUUCGAGUACAAAGGAAUGCUCUCAACCUACCCUGAUGUUCUAAAACUCCAUGAGGGAGCCAUUGGAAAGGCCAAAGAAUGUGAGCGAUUGAAGGACGAGGGAAGAAUGCCCGAGUCUGAUGUAGCUGCUGUUAUACAGCGGGCAGAUGUUAUAUCUUUUGGAACUUUAGCAGAAAUGAACCAUUUCCAGAGGGAAAGAGUAGCUGACUAUAAAGAAAUGAUGCAAAAAUUCUUACAUGGACAAAUUAAAUUUUAUAGAGAUAUUACCCAAAAACUAGAGUCAGCUCUUCACAAAUAUGAAAAUGCAUAGCAGACAUACUGUGUUUAUAAAGUGUUCAUAUAGAAAAUUACCUAGACAGAAUUACGCUGCUGGCUAUAUUAGUCAUCAUGAGGGAUGAAACCCAAACAUGGAUUCAAAUUCGCAACCAACCAGCUAAAAAGGCAUCUUAAUAUAACUUACCUCUGUGUGAAACGAGUGAUGAAUGAAGACAUAUAGGCUAGUACAUGUAUCAUGCAUACAUUCCAAAUCCAUUUUUGAAUUAUUUUUAGCACAUUGGAAAAUAUAUAUACCAUAUGUUCCUCAUUUGCUAAGAGCUGAUGAGGGAGGAGGUGACAUAUUUCACCAAAAGAUGAAUAUGAGACAUGUGAAAGUACUCCUAUAUAUUGUUUCAAAUGCAUUAUCUGACACAAAUAACUGUCGCUCAUUUGUUAGAUGCAGCUCUAAGCUUCUUUGUAUUUCUGCUUAUAAACAUAUUUUUCUCUGCAUGGUUAAAAGAGGUGAACUUGUAACAGUAUUACAUAUUUGUACAAUCUUGAAAUGUGUAAUGAUAUCUGUUCUGUUGUUACUUCUUUAGUACGAAGUGCUUUUUAAUGUGCUAUGAAAUAGGAUAUUGACAUAAAAAAUACAAAUUCAC